CAUCACCAUUGUCUCGAACAAAGACCGCACCGCUGCUGCCUUCCACCAUCGCCCGCGACACAUUUUCCGCCCAUCACAUUCUUUCCAGCAGUCUUAGAAUACACACUCGUUCAUCAUGAACAACCUGCCGACGGCGCCUCCGCAGCAGGCGCCGCCGCCUGCUGCACCAAGCAGCAUCCAGGCUGCCAAAAAGAAACGCCCACGUCCCAAGGAAGGCCCUCUCCGCGCGCCUCGCCGACCAUUGGCAAAAAUUACGCGCCCUUUGGUGUCUCUUGCGCAGAUGAACGAGACGUCCAAGCCCGCCAACAUCAUCGCGCAAGGUAUUGCGUCGCCGGCUGCGCUGCGCUUCGAGUACCAGUCGGCAGGCGCAACAAGCUUUCCUCUUGUCGUCACGCGCCGCGAUCUCAAAGAGCUGCGCCAUCACGUUCUGCGACUCCAAAACAAGACACACAUCGACGUCCAGGACCCGCGCCAAUUCGCUUCGCCGAUCCGCCUUCACCGCCGGGACCCGCGUGCGCCGCCCAGUGGAGCAGGCUCCCACUUUGAGGAGGAAAACACAAAGGAGGAUCUAGAGGAGACCAAGGAGCGCGAGCGCAUUGAGAUGCAGAGAGAGGAGCGCCGUAAGAUCCGGGAGGAGAACCAGGCCAAGAUCGCGCCCACGGGCAAAUCAAAGCCACAAGCGUUCCAGAAGAAGACGGAGCAGAAAUACCGACCGGAUGACACGCCAGAGGCCAAGAAGCGCCAGCUGCUACGAUACGAGGAGACUCUACCGUGGCAUCUUGAAGACUUUGAGAACAAGCAAACGUGGGUUGGCACGUACGAGUCGGAGCUUUCUGAGACACACGUGAUGCUGUCGCAGAACUCGCAAGGCAACGUCCAGCUGGCACCCAUCGAGCGCUGGUACAGGUUCAAUGUCAAAGGCAGGGUUAAGGUCACGAGCGGCGGCGACGACACCGAGAAGGUCAUGUUCAAGGUCGAAAGAGUACCCGGGUUCCUCAGGAACAUUGAGCAGCGUGCCGAGGCGAGAGAGAAGGAGGCACAUCAGCUCAAGGGGCGCAACCAGAUGAGCACACGAGUGGGUGGUGGUGCAGACGACGAAGGCCGAAUUCGUGCCAUGCGUAAUCAAGAGGGUUAUAUCAAGCGUGAGGCUGAUGCUGACGACAUCGACUUCAACCUCGACGAAGACUUCGCCGACGACGAAGAGGGUCUGAACGGACUGUUUGAGGGCGAUGAGGACGACGUAAAGGAAGCGUCGGAGAAGCUGAAGCGAGACCAGCUUACUGCGUCGCUCUGGGACCGUGACGAGAAGGCAAUACAGGAAGCGGAAGAGCGCGAGGAGAUGGAAGCAGAGGUGGCCAAGGGGCUCGAGAAGGGACUGAGGAAGACGCUCGUGAAGCGCGGCAAGCUCUACGACUAUGCUGAAAGUGACAUGUCUGAAGAGUCAGAGACGGACAGCGAGACAGAGCGCCAGCGCACAAAAGAAGAAGAGGAGAAGAAGGCGGCCGAGGCCAAAGCCGCAGAAGCCGGCAACGUGCCCUCGGGGACUUCGAGCAAAGGCACCAACACGCCCAUCGGCUCGAGCACGCCGUCUGGCACGCACAAACCCGUGGACAAGCUCAAGUCCAAGAAGCGGCCCAACUCGGAAAUGUCCGAGGCCAGCGGCAACGAGUCGUCGCGCAUCAAGAAGAAGAAGAAGAACAAGCUCAACGUGGUGCUCGGCAGCGGCUCGCCCACGGCAUCGGCAAGCACCAGCCGCGCGGGCAGCCCCGUCCCCGGCUCGCCCGCGGCCAGCCAGCCCAAGCUGCCGUCGGCGCGGGAGAUUUACGACUCGCUCCCGCCGCAGGGCAUGGGCAUCCAGGCGCUCAUCGGGCUGUUCAAGGGCCGCGUCGACAAGGACAACUCCAAGGUCUUCAUCUCGAUUGUCAAGGCCGUGUCCAGCUUUGAUAAUCAGCGCAAGUGGCUCACCCCGCUGCCGCAGAUGCCGUCCGAGGAGAGCAUUAACGAGAAGCUCAACCGGAAACAGCAGUAGUUUGUUGUGUGGGUGACUGGGCGCGGGUUGGUUAUCUAUGUAGCGGGGCCCUGAGACUGGCUGCGGGUGGGUGUGUAUGUACGCCGCACUGGAGUGUAGACUUGAUAAUGGACUCACGGUCGCGUCGACGCUGUCUCGUUAUUUUCCUUGACGUGUGCGCGGUGUGGAUAAUAGA